UUCUCGCGAUAAAUAAAAGUAAAAUCAAAAAAAUACAACUUUAUGCUAACCGGUGAAGAUAAUAAAAACGACAUCGUUUCAUAAAAUGACGUGGGCUAAUGAAACAAGUGUAAUAAUCCAAAAUGGCUGUAAGAGUUGUAGUUGUGGAUAUGCUAGUUGGACAGAUGACCGACUCCACGACGCCUCCCGGGGUGAAGAAGAGCGCCGAAGACUCACUGGAGCUCAAUGAUUUUUUGGAGAGGAUGACAGAAGACAUGGAAAACAUAUCCGUGCAGCUGACAUGGAUGGCAUAUGACAUGGUGGCCCUGCGGACCAACCCCCAACUGUGGAGCUCCAUGCAGCAACUGGAGGAGGCUCAUCGCCAGUGCUCGGUGGCUGUAAAAGGGAACCCACCACAGGAGCUCCGCAGUCAGAUAUGAUGUUUUCAUUCCAUAAUGUCAGUUCCAUAUCGUUAUUUUUUCCAAGGAGAAGCUCAAGUUUAUUUUUUGUAGUGUACAUUAUAAGCGUUACACUCGUGCAUUAAUCUAGACAGCGAGCCCUGAAGUGUAGGUUUGUUCACAUUUGUUUGUUCAAAUUCUGCUAAAAGCUCAAUAAAUUCAU